AUGCAACUAACAGUAAAGCCUCUUACGCGUGCUGAGAAAGUAGUCCAGGUGGAUGAUGAUGCAUACGUUUCAGAUUUAUUGGCUGCAGUGAAGUGUGCCUUUGAUAUUGAUCCUGAGUAUCAGCGCUUAGUCUUUAAAGGAUGUCCUUUAUUAGACAAAGACAAGCCUCUACUAAACUAUGAAAUCAGGGAUGGAGACAGACUUACCUUACUAACAAAAAGUGCACCACAACGAAGUGACUUUGAGUCUCUUUUGCGCAAGUAUUUGGCUGAGAAACUUCCUGAAGUUAAUCCGGAUUUUGUGGUCUCGAAAUUUCUUCAGGCAUUGUCUGCCAGAUUAAAUUCCAUGAGUCUCAGUGACAUCGAAAAUUUGGCAAGUGUGUGGCCUCCAUCUGGAUAA